UAGCAGAACAUGGGGCCUUCGAAAGCCAAAAAGAAGUCAAGCGACUCUGAAGACUUAGAGCUCCUGAAGUCAGAUGUUGCAUCUUUCGCUUCUUCUAUUGGGUUCUCUUCCGCAGCUCUUCCGAGUUCUGGUUUCGACGAUACUGAUUUUAGGAAAACUGGUCCUCUCAAACCUAAGGGACAAGAUAAGACUCCCAAACCCCAGCCAUCUCUCAAUGAAGGCAGGAAGUUGCAGAAGGAAGAGGUCGAGAAGAAGAAAACGAAGAGGAAUGAUCAUCGAACUAAAACUGGAGCUCCUGCUGUGUCAUUGGAUCAUUCUAAGCCGAUUGAUCGAUGGAAGAAUCUUCCGAAGCUUCCUCUGGUGAAGGCUAGUUCACUAGGGAUUUGGUAUAAUGAUGCAGCGGAAUAUGAAGCAAAGGUUAUUGGAAGUGAAGCGAAAAAUAUUGAGGCCAAGAAUGCAGAUGAGCUGAAGAACUUGGUUGCAAAGAAAAAGGAGCUUGCGGAGAGGCUGUUGUCACAGUAUACGCAGGAUUUCGAGUUGUCAAGGGGGAAGAGCGGGGAUGUGAAGAUGCUAAUGACAACGCAACGAUCAGGAACAGCGGCAGACAAGGUGUCUGCAUUUUCAGUGUUAGUGGGGGAGAAUCCGAUUGCACAUAUGAGAUCGCUCGAUGCACUCCUAGCGAUGGUGACAUCAAAGGUUGGAAAACGCCAUGCGUUGACAGGCUUUGAAGCGUUAACGGAAUUAUUUUUGUCAAGUCUCUUACCGGAUCGUAAGCUGAAAAAUCUUUUCCAGCGACCGUUGAAUCACCUGCCUGAAUCAAAAGAUGGUUACUCACUUUUACUCUUCUGGUACUGGGAAGAAUGCUUAAAGCAGAGGUAUGAACGCUUUAUUUUUGCACUUGAGGAAGCAUCUAGAGAUAUGUUACCUGUACUCAAAGAUAAGGCAUUGAAGACAAUAUAUGCUCUACUGAGAAUUAAACCGGAGCAAGAACGAAGGUUGCUCUCUGCUCUAGUUAACAAGCUUGGGGAUCCUACUAAUCGGGCUGCAUCUAAUGCUGAUUUUCAUUUGUCAAACCUUUUAUCUGCACAUCCAAAUAUGAAGGCUGUAGUGAUUGGCGAGGUGGAUUCUUUUCUCUUUCGACCUCAUUUGGGAUUACGAUCGAAGUACCAUGCUGUCAAUUUCUUGAGCCAAAUUCGUCUGAGUCAUAAAGGAGAUGGGCCAAAAGUCGCAAAGCGUUUGGUGGAUGUAUAUUUUGCACUAUUUAAGGUCCUGAUUUCUGAGGCUAAUGGUGGUCAAAAAACAGCCAAGGGCAGCAAACAGGAGGAGAAGAAAGCUAAUGAAUCUUUUAAACAUAAUAAAGGAGAAAGUCCUGUGGUUUCCGAUGUUGAAAUGGAUUCACGGCUUCUGUCUGCUUUGCUGACGGGAAUCAACAGAGCAUUUCCUUUUGUUGCAAGUGAUGAGGUAGAUGAUGUUAUUGAAGUCCAAACACCAAUGCUAUUUAAAUUGGUUCAUUCGAAGAAUUUCAAUGUGGCUGUUCAGGCUUUAAUGCUUCUGGAUAAGAUUUCGUCCAAGCAUUCAAUUGUUAGCGAUAGGUUUUACCGUGCUUUGUAUUCCAAACUUCUGCUGCCAGCUGCUAUGAAUUCUUCAAAGGCUGAAAUGUUUAUUGGACUACUACUUAGAGCUAUGAAGAGUGACAUAAACUUGAAGAGGGUUUCUGCCUUCUCAAAACGUAUCCUACAGGUUGCCCUUCAGCAACCCCCUCAGUAUGCCUGUGGAUGCCUCUUUCUCCUAUCUGAAGUCCUUAAAGGAAGACCACCUCUAUGGAAUAUGGUGCUUCAGAAUGAGUCAGUUGAUGAUGAUGAUCUUGAACACUUUGAAGAUAUAGUGGAAAAAACUGAAAAUGAAACGGGCAUGUCUCCAGUGAAGCAACAACAGGGUACCAAUGGAGUUGUUCAGACUAUAAGUGAUGGUUUGAAAACUGGUGAUGAUUCUUCUUCUGAUUUGCAAGAUGAAGAUUCUCUAGCUUCGUACUCUGAAGAGGAUGGGUCAGAUGGAGUAGAGGACCUUCUUGGGGGAGAUGGCCUAAAUAUUGUCCGGGAUUCCAAAGGAAAAAACGUUUCUGAAUGUGGUCACCCUCAAGUAUCUAGUACGAGAUCUUCAAUGCCUGGAGGGUACAACCCACAUCACAGGGAACCUUCUUACUGCAAUGCAGAUCGUGCAAGCUGGUGGGAGCUGAUGGUUCUGGGUUCUCAUGUGCACCCAUCAGUUGCAACCAUGGCUAAGACGCUCCUUUCUGGGGCCAAUAUUGUUUAUAAUGGGAACCCUUUAAAUGAUCUGUCACUUACUGCUUUCCUUGACAAAUUUAUGGAGAAGAAACCAAAGGCAAGCACAUGGCAUGGUGGUUCCCAAAUUGAACCUGCCAAGAAGAUGGAUACAAACAAGGAUCUGAUUGGGGCUGAGAUUCUCUCAUUGGCUGAAGUAGAUGUUUCCCCUGAGGAUUUUGUCUUCCACAAGUUCUACAUGAACAAAAUGAAUUCCUUAAAGAAGCCGAAGAAGAAGAAAAAGAAGAAAGGAGCUGAGGAUGAAGCUGCCGAAGAGUUGUUUGCAGUGGAUGGUGAUGAGACAGUGGAUGGUGGUGAUGAGAGUGACAAUGAGGAGAUAGAGAACAUGUUGGAUUCUGGAGAUCUUCCGUUGGGAUCUGAAGGUGAUUAUGAUUAUGAUGAUCUGGACCAAGUAGCCAACGCAGACGACAAUGACCUGGUAGGGAGUGGCAGUGACAUUGAGACAGACCUCCCUUCUGAUCUUGCCGAAAGAGAAGAUGGUGAUAGUGAUGAUGAUGAUGAUGAAGAAGAAAUAGAUAUUGGAGAUGCAGAUGACAAUGAUGAUGAUGAUGUCAAUGGCAGUUCCAACAAUAGGAGAAAACGUAAGUCGGAAGGAAGGGCUGGGGCAUCUCCAUUUGCAAGUCUUGAAGAAUAUAGUCAUCUGUUGAAUGAGGACAAUGCCUCAGAAAAAGAGCCCAAGUAUGAUCAUCUAUUGAACGAGGACAGUGCCAAAAGAAAGAAACCAAGGUCACGAAAGAAGAGGUCAUCAAAUUGAAAGCCUACCUUUAGUGGCAUGCAGGAUCAGUGAUCAGUCAGUUUAUUUAUUCUUCUUGGAUUUUUUCGUCCCCUUUUUUUUUGUAAAUUAGAGUGGAUCCUCCCCACUGGUGUUCUUACACCAGUGUUUAAUUUAUGAUGCUCAUAUAGGUCUGAUCA